CCAGACCUGGUGGAGCGCCUCAUCUCCGUAGACAUUAGUCCCGUCUCGACCGCACCCGUCUCUGAAUUCUCUGCCUACAUCUCUGCCAUGAAGUCGGUGAAGAUCCCGGAUGGUCUGACCCGCUCUGCGGCCCGCCAGCUGGCUACGGCCCGCCAGCUGGCUGACGAGCAGCUGCGGCCAGUGGUCCAGCUCCCGCAGCUGAGACAGUUCCUCCUCACCAACCUGGUGGAGGUGGAGGGCCGCUACAUCUGGCGGGUGAACCUGGAGGCUAUUUCCCACCACUUGGCAGAUAUCAUGAACUUCCCCGUCUUCCACAAGCCGUAUCCUGGCCCAGCACUCUUCUUGGGAGGAUCCAACUCACCCUAUAUCAGCUCCAAAGACUACCCGGAGAUCCAGUGCCUCUUCCCCAAGGCAGAUGUCCAGCACAUCGAAGGUGCAGGCCACAUAGUCCAUCAGGAUAAAUUUGAAGAAUUCAUCACUGCUGUCCUCAAUUUCCUGCCACCACCGUAG